GCCAAGUUCCAUUGCUGGCUGGGCGUGCGGUGGGAACUGCUGCUGCCGCUGCUGCUGCUGCUGCCGCGGCGGCUGGUGCAGCUGCGGGAAGCUGGCUGGCUGGCUGUGAGGCUGCCGAUGGCGAAGUGAUGCUGGCUAUAUGGAGACUCGUGCAGCGCAGAGGCUGCAGGAAGACAAAGGCUGGCUACAGGAGCUGGAGCUCCGCUGAAGCCUCCGCGCCGCUAACCAGGCGAAGGCAGCCCAGCCCCAUCGGUAAAGAUUUCUGGGCUAGGCAGAAGAUGGAACCUGAAAGCUGGACCAGCCUAUAAGCCUAUCUAGUUCAUCAUUCCAUGGCACUUAAUCAUUAAAGGGAGGCAUCUGGGAAUCUCACCAACAUGAACUGGAGUGACAACCUCUCUCACUACUGCUUGUGGUACAUAAGCACACAGGUUCAGCAGCAUGCAACCAAACCUACUUUGAUAUUAAAGUUAGAAAUGCCCAAGCAUGGCAGACAUUGAAGAACUACUGGCAUUAUGGAUGCGGCAAAGCCAUGGCAUGACAUCCGAAAUUUAAACAGAAGCAACUUGAGGUUAGACUACGUACUUCUGAACAGAAGGCUCUGCUGGAGAUUAUCAUUUAAUCUGUGGCUGAAUCCAUAUGGCGGAUCUGUGAAGAAAUUUGGCCUGAUCCUGCUGUUGGAAUGAAAUAACACCUCAGCCCAAGAAAUGGAAGUUAUCCUUAGACUGGGCAAGAAAACACAUCCCUCUUAAAGCCUUUUCAUGGAUUUCGAUGAGCAAGUGGCACACAGUUAUUGUGUCAGACGUUUAAGAUCUGAAAAAUAACAUGCUGCCUCUGUCAGACCAAGGGAAGCAAGCGGCAAGAAGACAAUUGGUUCAUUCUGUUAAUUAGAAGAACUUCAGGAACAAUGCCUUCAAAAGUCUCGUGUUUAUAUGUCUUGACAGUUGUAUGUUGGGCAAGUGCUUUGUGGUACUUAAGCAUAACACGUCCCACUUCCUCCUACACUUCAUCUUACAGUGUUCACAAAACGUACGACAGCAUCGCAAUGGCUCGAAAAAAUGUUUCCUUUGGGAACAUAAGGACUCGACCAAUAAACCCUCAUUCAUUUGAUUUUCUCAUAAAUGAGCCAGAGAAGUGUGAGAAGAAUGUUCCCUUUUUGGUUAUUCUGAUCAGCACAACACACAAAGAGUUUGAUGCUCGACAAGCCAUCCGGGAGACCUGGGGAGAUGAGAACAACUUCAAAGGCAUUAAGAUUUCCACUCUUUUUCUUCUGGGGAAAAACACAGAUUCUGUAUUAAACCAGAUGGUUGAGCAAGAAAGUCAAAUUUUUCAUGACAUCAUUGUGGAAGAUUUCAUUGACUCAUAUCAUAACCUGACUCUGAAAACAUUAAUGGGAAUGAAGUGGGUGGCUACAUUUUGUUCAAAAGCCAAGUAUAUCAUGAAAACAGACAGCGACAUUUUUGUAAAUAUGGACAACCUUAUUUACAAGUUGCUAAAACCGAACACCAAACCAAGACGAAGGUACUUUACUGGCUAUGUCAUCAAUGGAGGCCCCAUCAGGGAUGUCCGGAGCAAAUGGUACAUGCCUAGGGACUUGUAUCCUGACAGCAACUAUCCGCCAUUUUGCUCAGGCACAGGCUAUAUUUUUUCUGCUGAUGUAGCAGAGAUGAUUUACAAAACUUCCCUCCAUACUAGACUUCUUCAUCUUGAGGACGUCUAUGUGGGACUCUGUCUGCGGAAGCUUGGCAUCCAUCCUUUCCAAAACAGUGGCUUCAAUCACUGGAAGAUGGCCUACAGCCUGUGCAGAUAUCGGCGUGUUAUUACGGUACAUCAGAUAUCCCCUGAGGAAAUGCACAGGAUUUGGAAUGAUAUGUCCAGCAAGAAGCAUCUCAGAUGUUAAGACUUUUUGAGAUGUAAAUACUUUGGUUCUUGUUAUAUGAAUAGAGAGCAAACAGACAAUGGAGUGUUCACUUUUAGGAGGAAAAACCUUAAUAAUAUUUUGGUUGGAUGGUCUCCCCAGCUAUUCUGGUUUUACAAACUGCAGGUCCUAACAUAAUGGUGUUAUUCACAUCAGGCCAAACAAACAGAAGAGGCAUUUGUCUUGUCCAGUCUGUCAAGCAUAUGCAUAAGAAGACGAGGGACAAGCAUAACAUAAAAAUUCGUUUCCAUUAGAUCCUCAGAAAGGAACUCUUCUCCCUCAGAAAGGAACCCUUCUCUAAGGCAAUGAUGGGUCAUUGUUAUAAGAAAAAUUCAUCUUCAUUGAAAUUAAUUUUAAAAGUGCAAACUGAAAUGGUGCCAUGAUAGGACUCUAUUCCAAAUUAGAUGCUACUUUCUCGUCCAAGUCUAGUUGUCAGUAUAAAGUUAUUGCUUCUGCAGGAUUUAGAAUGCAUCUUGUGUAGAUUUCUGUCCAAUUACCCAAACAUUUCCCCCUAAAUUCAGAUACGAGUAGCAGCUGAAGUAAUAAAUGGACCAUAGUUAAAAAUAAUUUGUUUUAAAAGUCACUAUUUUAUAUAUAGAAACAUUUCAGCAUUUAAACACAAGAAGGCCUUUGGAUCCCUUUGGAUCCAGGGGAUAUCUAAUUUUCCUCAGUAAGAUUGGAGAGAGGCUGACUUCAGAAUAGAUUGUAGCCUUCCUAUUGUCGUCGUAAGUAAUAUCCAAGACCAGCUGAUCUGGCAUCAAAAUUCUUGGAAACCUUAGACAAGUUUCUUAAAUGAGGUUAAAAAGAAUUGGGGUACAGCAAGGUAUCAAUAGAACCUAUAUCCUUUACCACACCUCCAUCCUGUGGAAGAGGGAAUUUAAAAAUAUGUUGAUACAAACUUCUAUCUCUUUCCUUCUGUUUUGCAAAGCAUGGAGAUCACACACCCUUCACAGUUGUUAGGCUACCAUUCCAGAUUAGAUUGCUCUAUCCCAAUUUAAAAUAUUCUCCAGAGUGUAGUAAUAUACAAUUUUCUACAUUGUAACAACCUUGCCAAAUGCAAAAUCUACUCCUUGCCACAUACAAAUUAAGAUGUCAAAAGGUAUUGGUAAUAAUGUCAAUUUAGUGAUGAGAGAUAUUUCAAAUUUCACAUAUGUAUAAAUGGGGAAAUUGCUAAAUGCUGUCAUUACUUCCCUUUUAACAAUUGAAAUACUUGUUUUUAAUGUUGUUUAUUAAUUGAAAAUAACUGUUCCACUUUAUUUGCAGGAAUAGUGUUAAAAAAACCUAUUGAAAUGCCACAUAACUAAGGAAGGAAUUAACACUGCUGUGAUGUAACCAAAUGCUAAUAAACAAUAUGCGUAAUUAUGGAUUGGAAGAUAAAGUUCACAGCUAAAAUUCUGAAUGAAACACUGUUAAAAACGUAAUAGUGUAUUGCAACACUUUGCUUUUUAAAGAGCCAAAGUGUAUUUUGAAUUAUAAAAAGUGUCCACUGGAAUUAUAGAUUUGUAUGCUGCAAAGAAGAGCGGGGGGAGGGAACUAAAAAGGCCAUUAGUUCAAUAGGAAGCCCCCCUCCCCCCAAAAGGGAUGUAUGAAAAUGAAAACCACUUUCUAUUUAUUUCUCAUUUGUGCCCUUCCAAAUGGCGUUAUCAACAGUGACAUUUGAAAUCAACAUCCAUCACAAUUUGACAGGCAUGCUGAUAUUUUAAAAUACAAAACUCCAUUUGACAUUGUGGACAGUGGUAAUGCAUAGCAUUUUAAAAGCCAAAAGAUACCAUGUUUAUGGAACCCAAGCUCAGUUUGGUGACUGACAUAUUCUCCAAAGCACCAGAGGGCAAGAAAUCAUGGGAGGUAGAGUGAUCCAACUUUGGAGAAAGUAGAAAUGUUCUGACAGUGAAAGCAAUAACUCACUGGAAUAGCUUGCCUCCUGGGGUUGCAGGUGUUCCAUCACUGGAGGUUUUCAAAAAUACAGUGGCCAUUUGACUGGGAUGGUCUAAAACUCCUGCCUUGAGCAGGGUUCACACUGGAAGGUCUCUAAGGUCCCUUCCAGCCCUGCUAUUCUACGUUGUGUUUUCAAUGGGCCAUUUUCUAAAAGGUACAUGGUUAACUAUCCUAUUGAUAGAAUUUCAUCAACAAAAUAGGAGAAUGUUAAAUUUCCUCUCUUCAUAAAUUUACAUUUUGUUAAGAGUUAAAGAACAUUCUGGGGGGAAAAGGGGGUAUGGGAAAGAGGAAAGGAGAAGACUUUCAACUCAAUCUCUGGACCAUCUCUGGAAUCUUUCCAGCAUCUCAAGCUACAUUUCAUUCCUAAGGAUUUUAAAAAUAUUUAUAAUUUAGUAACACUUUUGCUUUUUUUUUUUUUUUUGAGGGCAUCAGAAUCAGAAGACAUUUUGGAAUGAAUGAAUAGGUGAUAAAUGCUUCUUGCUUUGCUGUGCAUAUAAUUAUGGCUGUGCAAAUCAGCUAAUAUAUUUGAUGUAAAUUUGCAACUUGAUUUUAGGAAUCAAUUUGACCUGGUUCAGAUUUGUGAUGGAACUGACACAAUCAAUGCGGCUUAAUAAUCUGGAUGCUUGAAUACAUGUACUACCUUCCACUGAAUUCUGAAACUAUAUGAAAGGCACUCCGUUCAAACUGAUGUGUUGAAUCUGUUCAGUAAAAUUAAUUGAAAGGAUGUUUUGAUUGAAUUGCCUUCAUAUUUCAGUUUCAUACAUCUCUCUAGCUUAUACAAUAGCUUUGUUUGGCUAGAACAGCAUACAGAACUACUCUUCCAUUUCCCUUUCCCCCUUCUUUGUGCCAUUGUCAUGAAGCCAAGAAUGAACUGAAACAGCACAGUGGAUCUUUACUGCAACACCGAUUCAUAUAUUCUUCUCAUGGGGGAUUUCAGCAGUAAGAUGUCCUUGGCUCUUCUCUAUAUGAAUCCUAUCAUGCAAUCAUUACAUCGGCCCUGAUUGCUUUAGAGUAGGUUUGGGAAGAUGGGAUGAAUAAGAGGAAUUUCUCCUGUAAGAUUAUAUUAUUCCAACAACAGGCAGACUUUGGUUGCUGCCCUAGAUUCAUUCUUUUUCAGAAGUAGCAUCUGAAGUUGGGCAGAUAUCCAAUAGAUGUACCGUAUAUGCCGGCGUACAAGGCGACCCGGCGUAUAAGACGACCCCCGUCUUUGUCGCCGAGCCACAUUCCUAGAACGUCGUCUUAUACA